GGAACUAGGUUUUGAUUGGUUGCGUUGUUGAGGGGGGAGCCUGAGGAGCGAGCAUCGAGGCACCACCUACUGUCAGGCUCACGUGCGCCCACUCGGCUUCUGUCGACUGCUCCUGCUCGGGUGUUUCCGCCGUCGGUGGCAGCGCUUCGGCUCCACUCGGCUCUUUCCGCCCCGGCUGGCCGUCGCCUUCGGCCCCGCACGCGCCGGCAGCCCGGUCCGCCCUGCCCAUGUCGGACGUGCUGGCUGCCGCCGCCGGCUCCCGCUUCGAACCCCUGGCUGCCGGGGCGCCGGGUGGACCCGCGGCACAGGGCCCCUCAGAAAAUGAAGACUUAGCCCAAAAGACAGAGCCUGCAGAUCAGCUGAUUGAUUCUGUGGAGUCCAGUACUUUGCAGAGCAGGUCACAGGCUGGGUUGCUCGUGAAUGCAGGCACGACAGAGGAUUCCAAGGAAGGAGCUGGCACUUUGGAGGACAGGGAAGUGUCUGAACUAGAAGGAAAACUGCCUGAUGAAAUCCAGUCCCUGAAAAAGGAAGCUGUUGUUCGAAUGACCAACUACCAUGUACCUCAAGGAGCAGGAGAUAUAGUCAUGAUUCAGUCAGAUCACACUGGUGCUGUGGAUAUCCUUUCAGCUGAGCUGGAGACUGCAGGUCUCCUUGGUGGACAGAAGAAAGCUCAGCCUCCCCCUCUGGCUCCACCCACCAUGUGGACCACUGAGAAGACAAAGGAAUUCAAAGCCAAGGUGGGAAGAGAGAAGAAUGGCCGGAUGGUGGUAAAGCGAGGCGAGGUGGUGACAGUCCGUGUGCCAACCCAUCCUCAUGGGAAAUGCAUUUGCUGGGAGUUUGCUACAGAUGACUAUGACAUUGGUUUUGGAGUCUACUUUGACUGGACCACAGUUACUAGCACUGCCAUUACCGUUCAGGUCAGCGAAUCCAGUGAUGAGGAAGAUGAAGAGGAGGAGGAGGAAAAUGAAGGACUCGCCCCUGUUGGUGAUGUGGAAAGAGGCUCCAAAAGCUAUCUGCGGAACCGCUACGGAGAGAUCAUGCCAGUAUACCGGAGGAACAGCCAUCGGGAGGUGCAGGCAGGCAGCCAUGAGUACCCAGGCGAGGGCAUCUACCUGCUGAAAUUUGACAACUCAUACUCUCUCCUCCGCAAUAAGACUUUGUUCUUUCAUGUCUAUUACACUAGCUGAACUAAAGGGAAGGGCAGGGACGGCAGGCAGGUAAUGGUGAAUGUAGCAGGCUGCCACCCAACCCUGGUACUGCCUGGCGGGCACUGCUGUGUGACAGAACCAAGGCACAAUUCUGCUGGCUCUUCUUCGGACACUAAAUGGUUUCUCCCCACACCCUCCUUCCCUUCUGUCCCAGUGGUGAAAGGUAGCUGUGUCUGCCUGGUUGUCUACAGGCAGCUGCUUUUUCUGUAAAACUUCGGGAGAUCUGCUCUGUGCAGGCAUCAGGCUGGGCCUUCAUGUCGUAGCUGGUAAAUGCCCAGAGGCCAAGUUCAGGUGGUCGUGGUUUCAAUCUGUUGCGCUGGUACAAAAUGAAGUGAAAAUAUUUUUGAUCCGUUACUAUUUUGUGACUAACUUUUCCAACUUUCCUGCUGUAUCUGCAUCAUUAGAGGGUAGCUGUCAGUUGCAGUGAGCCAAAGCACAGCUGGCUUGUCACCUAGCCACCUAGAUGUCAUCACCUACCACCACUACAUGUCACCAGCACCUAGUGCUUCCUCCACUCGUGCGGGUGGGGGCGCAGCUGGCUAGCGGAAGCCCCUGCUGCAGUGGCUUGGCCGUGCUACAACAGGCAGCCCCGAACAGCAGUCACAGCCCGUGUUUGAGCAGGGGUGGGAGAGAGGAUGCACACCUACAAGUCCAUAAGAAGGUUUCCCUACAGAUUAAAAAUUGGAUGUUACACCUGUUGAUUGUAGGGGUAUGCAGAUGAUUAAAACUUCGGUGACCGCCAAAAGCUUUUCUAUAAUCCAGAUGCGAAGAAGAAAUUACUGCUGUGCUGAGUAAAUAUGAGAAGGUUGGAGUGCAGCCAAAAAAUAGGAAGUAUUUCACAGUAGCAGCAUGUUGGUCCACUGGUAUUGCUGCCAGCUGGAUAAUACUGUACGUAGCAAGGAAAAAAGGCUCCCCAGAGAAGUGUAGCUUGUCUGCUACUAUUGCUGUUGCAAAGGUAUUGUUAGAGAAGAACAUCUCUGCUCAGAAACUUGAAAGAUAUGGGAUUUAAACAAUCCUUUCUGUGUACAAGAAUCAGCAAGGCCAUUGCUAACCCUGAUUAUGUGGUAAAGGGUGGAGUUCCUUGGCAUGUUUUUGUGGCUAAUCGUGGCAUUGGUGAUCACCUUCUGCUCAAAUACUGGCAGAGUUGAACAAGGAUUAAGUUAAUCCUUCAGAGAUGAAUUUUGAAUCAUGUUUAUCUGUAACUUGUUUAUUUUAAUACUUUUAAAUUGAAAUCUUUCUCUUUUCUAAGAAUACUGCUGUAUUUACAUUUUUUUAUACCUCUGCAGAGACACAAAAUAGCUGUUUGCAUGGUAAUUCCAGUAGAAUUCCGAGUUUUAAAUCCUCCAGGUAAAGCACCCUUACUUGUUCCUUCUAUUGAGAGGAAUGAUGGACAAACUGAUUUUGGGUAGUUAAAGCCAAAGUCUUCACUCUCGUAAGAGGGGUGCAUAUUUCUUAUUAAGGAUAUAUUGUAAUGCUGUGCAAUUUGCUCAAUAUUCAAGCUCUUAUUUUAACUAUCUCUGUUUACUUAUUCCCUACCAUGGAGCAAUUUAGUAGGUCAAAAUGGUAAGAGAGAGAUUAGUCAGUCUACAACAGAGCAGCCCAAGCUGGGAGCAGGAGGAGUGGAAAUGCAAAGAACACGGAUUGCAGCACAGUGGUUUUCUGGGUGAGCAGACAGGGAGCAGAGUUGGUCAGUGUAAAGAGCAGAGCUGUUGCUGCUUUGGGCUCUGAAAAAGCAAGCACACCUUGAAGGGGGACUGCAAAGCUGCCUUAUUCAAGUGGGGCAACCACAGGGCAACCUUGCAGGGAGGCACAACAGUAUCAGUAUACAGAGCUUGAUAUCUGUCAGAGUAAGAAGCUCUUUCAUUCAGCAGCUUGGGGAGGACUAUUCCUGCCUUUAGCCUCUCCUAGGGGACAUUAAGGACCAUCCUGUGGCCUUUGUACAGCACUUGGAUCAGGCCUGAGCAAUGUGGGUAAGGUGCUGUCUUUUUUUUUUUUAUAGUCCUUGUCUAUCAAGUUCCUAGACACUAAGCAGAAUAGGAUAGGAAAGACCCUUCUGUCUGACCACACUGUCAGUACUGCCCCACUCAACGACUGCCUUUGGUCCUUUGCUGGGAGUUCCACAGAACCCUGUGUGCGCUGCGGGUUAGUGUAUGAUGCACUGUCUGGCACCUACUCCACUUUAUAAUUAGGAUUUAUUUACAAUGAAGUCAAUUAUUGAUACUCAGUUGCACAGGUUAUUGCAGGCUAGUGGGUUAUCUCUGCUAAAAAACUGUUUCCCUUACAGCAAGGCAUUCCUGUUGCUAACUUGCAGCUACUUCCCCCUCCUGUCCGUGUGUUGCUCACAUUAAGGUUUGGAGUACAUUUUGUCAUGUUGUAAGAAGUAUGGCCUGCCUCACAACCAAUUUUGAUCCCUCACUAGUACAUAAACAGUAUGUGCUAGUUUUCAAGCCAUUAGUGUUUUUAGUUUAGAUGAGUUGCACUGCAGAUGGCAGGCCUAUUGCUCAGUUCUAGCUUUCUGAAGUGUGGACCAACCUAUAAGGCAGCUCAGGUCACUUGUUAAGAACUGUGCCCAUCUCCUUGUUUCACUGACUUAAGACCACUUAAGCAUUCAAUAUGGUUUGUCAUCCCAGCCAGCAUGUGCCUGGACUGCAAAUGCAGAGUGCCCAUAGACAGGCCUGCCGAGCUGGAACCAAAAGCAUUUGGUGUGUUACUCACACCAGAAACUUAAGUUUCCUAUAAGUAUCUGCUAUCUCUUAUGAACAUAAGAUAGUUUUAGGCACAGAGUAUUUCAUCUGCAGGAAACAGAAGCUUCACAGUUGUACAGAAUAAUUCCUCUUUUUGCUUGUGCUUUUUUAAUUUCUGCAUUACAUGAGUAUGUUGUUUCUCAGGUAUUCAGAUAGUAUUCAUUACGCAAGUGACAACUUUUCUUUGGAAGGGUCUAUAGUCUUCAUUAAUUUCUGAUAAAUCCAAUAGCUUGUCUGUGUGGCUAGUGAUUAAUAGCAGCCAUUCUCAUUCAAAAUCAAAUCCAUUGUUGGUUCAGACAAGUAACCUUACUUUUCAUGCCUUCUUUUUUUGCUUGGUGGAUCUCCUGGAUUUGUAUCCAACCCUGCUAUCUGGCUGAGGCAGUGAUGGAAACCCUUCUAUUCACAGACUUUUGGAACUAGACUUUGGGUCUAGAAAGAAAAAUUAAUUAAAAAGGGAGUUGCAGUUCAGAGAGGGAAA